UUCUUUACUCAUAAGUUGUUCGCGCGUCUGACCGAUCGCAUGUGCAGCGAAAAGUGCCAAAAACGGCUUUGAUUUGAAGAAAUAAUCACUGAUUUCGAACGUACCCCUUUUAUCGCUGGGUCGUAACCCAGUGUGAAUUUAAAAAGUAAAAAAAAGAAAAAUGCACGCGCUCCCGUAAUUUUUUUUUACGCUCGACUUCUCGCGCGAUUUAGACGUAAAAAAAGAGGGGAUAGACAAGUUUUUUGUAUAAAAAAGUUGAAUAAAACUAUUACAACGGCUACCUUAAGGAUUUUUAUUAAGCAUCAAAUGCAUCCGGCAUUCGCUGUGAAUGCUAAACAACUUAAGUUAGGAUCGACGGAGUCGGAGGACCACUUUAAGUGUGACGUGCCUAUUUCAUUACCCGCGCCUCCUGAUAUCGCGCCAUGUCUUUGCCGAGGGAGUUCAUCUUUAACCAGGAGCUGUCCAAGCUGGACCCCCAAAUCCUGGGCACCUCGGCACCACCGACGACCGUCGCUCUAUCCUGCUCAAUCGACCUGCCCACUGAUGUCAUCGAGGCAACCCUGUCCCCGGACAAGUCUGGCUCGCUGCUGUCGGUACAGUCAGCGCCACCAGAGCAGAGGGAGCGGCCCCACAGCCUUAUGCUUGAGCUGCCGUUAGCCACUCAAGUGGGUGCAUACCUGUCCGCCAUGUCCCCCACCGAGCAAGAGGAGGACUCACUAUUGACGUUGUCGUCGGUCACCGCGCGACCUCUACUCGCCGCGUCCAAGAAGCUCCGCUCGGAGACUAGCGAGUCGACAUCUCCUCCAGACGGUGGUUACGGCUGGGUGGUCGUCUUCGGAGCGUUCAUGGUUCAAUUCUGGGUAGCGGGGCUCUUCAAAUCCUACGGCGUGCUGUAUGUGGAGAUCAUGGAGACCUUCCCAGACAGUUCUGAGUCCGUAGCCUCUUGGAUACCAGCAGCGCUAUCUACAUUAUGCUUGGCUUUAGCUCCCCUGUCAUCGGCUCUUUGCGAGAAGUACUCCUGUCGCCUGGUGGUCUUCAUCGGAGGCCUGUUCUGUGGUACCGGUCUAGCGUUAUCCUACUUCAGCACAGGCCUUCUGCAUCUGCUGUUCAGCUUCGGAGUACUAACUGGAAUUGGCGGCGGCCUUUCCACUACGCCGGGAAUCGUCAUUGUUUCACAAUAUUUCGACAAGCACAGAGCACUAGCCAACGGUAUAUGCGUGAGCGGAACAGCUGCUGGCAGCUUCGUGUUUCCCAUGCUUAUAGAGAAGCUGGUCGGCAUGUAUGGACUGCAUGGGACUGUGCUGCUUUUAGGAGGUGGGAUGCUACACGUCUGCGUAUCAGCGACUUUAUACCGUGAUCCGCCCUGCGUGAGAGAAAGGGCCACUCCUACCACUACCACAACGGAAAACACUACGCUACUCACCGAUAUACAGGAAGGUAAAACGGAACCCAAGGAUAACCGCCUCCAAGCCUUAUUCCAACCUGAUGCGGAAAAUCAUAAGAAUGCGCUGCUCACGGAAGAAGCGAAACGGAACGACCUUCUGGCUGAGAUUAUGCAUCCCAGGCUUAUCGAGGUGACACGUCAAAACCAUGCUCUACAAAUGUCCGAUUCUGAAGACUCCGAGGGGAUGGAUGUGCUAGGCGUGGUCGGACUGCCACGAGAAGUGGCGCGUCUUCGCUUACGGCCCACUCGCUCGUCCUCCAUCUUGCAUUCGGUUGAGGACCUGUCCACCGACAGUACUUGCGUAUACAAGCGACGAAAGCUCAGCAGAUCUCUCUACAUCAAGCCCCCGGUGCCCCGCCUGAUCCCUAAACUCCCGGAGCCAAUCAUCAUCAAGUCAGAUCCUGAGGAACAGAAGGUCGUCGUCAAGAAGAAGACGUGUGUUGAAAAGAUAUCCAGAUACCUGGACGUGUCGCUGCUAAAGUCCUGGCGCUUCGGCCUCCUGUGUGCGUCAGUGGCUCUCAUGUCAUGUGGAUCCCCUUAUGCACUAUACUACUUACCCGCCUACACUGUGUCUGCGGGACACAGCAAGUCUGCUGCCGGUCGGCUGGUGGCGAUUAGUGCAGUGCUUGACCUCUGCGGACGGUUAGGGUUGGGCUGGCUCUGCGACCUACAGCUUUUCUGCCGAAGAAAGGCUUAUAUCCUAAGUAUCCUGAUCGCUGGGAUCUCAGUUCUAACGCUGCCUAGUCUAACUUCUUGGUGGGCCCUAGCCGUCGCAUCAGGAGCAUACGGACUCUGCCUGGGUUGCUGGUUCCUCCUAGUGCCAGUAUUACUAGCGGACACCUUCGGUACAGCGCGAAUCGCCUCCUCCUACGGGCUUGUGAGAAUGUUCCAGAGUCUAGCCGCACUCUCUGUUCCACCCACUGCAGGUCUUGUUCGCGACGUGACCGGCGGCUACUCCUGGUGUUUCUACGGCAUGGGCUCGUGCAUGGUCCUGGGUUCGAUCCCCGUCGUGGCCUUCCAUCUGUGCACCAAGAACGAGGACGCGGAGUCGGGGGUAGAUUGAACAUGGUAGCUCGUCUAUCUGUGUUCGCUCCCCGGGACUACGGUAGUGGAAUCUGUACUAUCUAAAUAUCCUGCAUCUUAAUACUACUCCCGUUAUAAUACCUACUAACUUUCAGAAAGCGUUUUAGCUUUGACUGUGGAGUUCGUUUCGGAUAUGAAUACUUUGGUUUUUGGAUGUUAUAAGUGUAGUAUUUUAAGGUCUAAAAUUGUCUUGAUUAGUGUGACUAAGUAUUAUUUUAUUUUUGGUGAUUGAUUAAGAUUAUUUUGUGAGAUUUUGUAAUUACUCGUUAAUUCGUGUUAUGUGUAUUAAUUUGUUCUUGGGUAUUUUCACGA